GUAAAACCAAAUUAUGAAGCUUUAGCAAACACCAGCUGAGCAUUUGUCACAGCUCACUGAUGAUUUUGACAUUUUGUUCAGUGAUUUUAAGCUCUGACUUGAAGGAGUCGCUUUUGUCGAGAAAAGCUGUCCGGUGCGCUCACAGUGUCCAUGUGGAAACCACACAGAGCUUUGUGCCACGUUUUAAACGCAUAACGGAGUAGCAUCGAUCGAUUUGUUUUUUAGUUUGCAGUCAGGACGGCGGGACUUCUGUAGACAUAUUCCUGAACUUGUUUGGGGCAGUUUGCAGAUAGAAGAAUGCUGCCCCAGCUCCUCGCCCUGGCCUGUGGUCUCUGCUGCUUUGGUUUUACCUCCGUCACUGCAGAUUUACUUAAAGCAGAGGGUUGGCUGCAGCAGUAUGGCUACCUGCCUCCAGGUGACGUCAGAGCCCAGGCCAUCCGCUCACCAAAGUCCAUUGAAACAGCAAUAUCAAACAUGCAGAGGUUUUACGGUUUGACUGUCACCGGCACCAUAGACUCCGGCACGAUACAGGCGAUGAGCCGGCCGCGGUGUGGUGUCCCAGACAAGUUUGGCCCUGAGCUGAAAACCAACCUGAGGAGGAAGAGAUACGCCGUGCAGGGUCUGAAGUGGGAAAAGUCGGAGGUGACCUUCAGCAUACAGAACUACACCCCUAAGAUCGGAGAGCGAGCCACCUAUGAAGCCAUCCGAAAAGCCUUCAAGGUGUGGGAGAACGUGAUCCCGCUCACCUUCAGGGAGAUCCCGUACAGCCACAUCAGGGACAAGGUUGACAAGUUCGCAGACAUCAUGCUCUCGUUCUCAGAGGGUUUCCAUGGCGACAGCACACCGUUUGAUGGCGAGGGCGGCUUCCUGGCUCACGCUUACUUCCCCGGACACGGCAUCGGGGGAGACACGCACUUUGACCUUGCUGAGCCCUGGACCACCGGGAACACAGACCAGGGCGGUAAUGAUGUUUUCCUUGUGGCUGUCCAUGAGCUUGGUCAUGCUCUGGGCCUGGAGCACUCCAACGACCCCUCUGCCAUCAUGGCCCCCUUCUACCAGUGGUUUGAAACGGAAAACUUCCAGCUCCCAGAUGACGAUCGCAGAGGCAUCCAAACGAUCUAUGGAUCCAAGUCUGGAGCUCCCCCACCUCCCCCUCCCCCCCCUCGACCCACAAAGCCGUUCACCCCUGACAAUGGCCCAGACAUCUGCGAGGGACACUUUGACACCAUUGCUAUUCUCAGUGGAGAAAAGUUUAUAUUUAAGGACAAGUGGUUUUGGCGUGUGCGUAACAACAAGGUGUUGCCAGGUUACCCGAUGGCCAUCAGUCACUAUUGGAAGGGCCUGCCAUCAAACAUCAAUGCAGCCUACGAGAGGGAUGAUGGGAAGUUUGUCUUCUUUAAAGCUGACAGGUACUGGGUUUUUAGUCAGAACCGCAUGGAAAAGGAUUCCCCGAAGAGCCUGAAAGACCUGGGCACCGGUCUACCUAAAGACAAGAUUGAUGCUGCUCUCUUCUACACACCGACAGGACAGACAUACCUUUUCAGAGGAACUAAGUACUACCGUUUCAACGAGCAGACUCGCACAGUGUACAGCGGUUAUCCAAAGUCCAUUAGCACGUGGAGCGGUGCACCGGAAAACAUUAAAGCUGUCAUCAUGAGUGAAGAUGGAUCUUACACUUAUUUCUACAAAGCCAACAAGUACUGGAAGUUCAACAACCAGUACAUGAAGGUGGAGUCCGGCUACCCCAAGUCUGUGCUCACGGACUGGAUGGGCUGCGAGGGCGAGGAGCCCAAGAUAAGUCAGACAGAGACGGGGAUGAUCAUUGGGCCGGCGGCCGUGGUGAUCCCUCUCCUCUUACUGGUGCUGGUUGUGAUCACCCUGGGAGCGCUUUUGGUCUUCAGGAAGUACGGCACGCCUCGACGCCUCCUCUACUGCCAGAGAUCCCUCCUGGACAAGGUGUAGGCAGAGCGACGGGGCAGUUGGCAGACAGACUGCCACCGAGGGACAGAAAGAGAGCAGGAGAGAACGAGGGCCGGGUGAAGAUGGAAACUGGGAGGAGGAGGAAAUGGAAGAGGAGGAGAGAGCAACCGGAGAGAAAAAACAGAAGAAAUGGAGAAUAGAAAGGGGACAAUGUGUUAAAUUUUGGGUGGUUUGUAUGUGCCACAACAGAGAGAAAAAAGGCCCUAGAAACUGAAAUCAGGAAAAUGUGUAUUUGUAUGUUAAGUUUUUACAUGUACUGUUCUGUGUUCAGAGAUUAACAGCAUACCCACAAUCUCACAUAAUUGUCAUGCAUCACUCCCGGGUUGUGACCCAGGUCGUCAAUGAAUUGUCAUGAGCAGAGAUAUACCCAUGUUGACUGGCUGGGUUUGAAUUUUCAAAAGGAGGGUUGAACCCUGAUCAGACAACCCGGGCCAAUCCCAGGUCAUUGGUGUGAAAGAGAUAAUAGAGAAGGGAUAUAUACAAAAGACUCAUCAACGACUUCCUUCCGCCUCUCUCUCACAUCCGUGGUAUAAAAAAGAAAUCCCUCCUUUCUUCCUCUCCUUUAACUGGACGACUCCAGCUGAACUGCUGUCUGAUUCAUUUACCAAGAAAUUCAUCAUCUCUGUUAAGAGUUUUUCUCUGAAACACAUUUGCUGUUAGGUUUUUUGGGGGAGUUUUUAUUGUGACAUUCAUUCAUUUCAACGUGUCAAUGUGUCACCUUGUUUCCUUAUUUUGUGAUACGGUUCCAGAUUUAAAGCAAAAUUCUGCCAAUUUAACUAUUUUAUUGAAAACUCUGGCUUCUUGUUAAUGGAAAAAAAAUGCAAAUAUUUCAGAAAGG